AGAGACCCUAAAUUUUCUGACGUCUGCGGGGAGAACAUCGAGUUAUCUAAAAACCGGAAGAUAGCCAGAUGGCGCCACACGUAUUCCGCUGGGCGUCUGUUCGCUUCCCGCCAAAUGUUCAAAGACGAAAACCUCGAGGUUGUGGUUGACGGGAGUGGGCAUGUUGGGAUAGGUAUUAUAAAAACCGACCCGGGGACGCUGAAGGAUCUCCGAGAGGGCGCCACAUCUGCUUGUAAACCGAAACUGGUGACGGACAUACGAGUACACAAGAGGGAGGGCUUAGUAAAAAUCAAACUGAGGGAGGAGGACAAGGCCACUAAACUGGACAUUACGUAUUCAGGUCAAAAGGUCGUCGUCAAAGUCAACAAAGACGAGAAAUUCUGGCUGACCUUUGAACUCAAGUUUGGAUCUGCUGUCAUAAAAUUUAAAAGUCCUGACAUAUCAUUCCACCAAAACGCAGGCAGAAAUAUCAGUUUCCUCGACAAAGAAAGGAGAUCCGCCAAACUUGAUGUGGAAUAUCCCGCGGUCACGUGUUGUCUGUGGCGGAAGUUACGUGUUAACGAAUACGUCAUCUUCAGUGUACUUCCGCUAAAGGACGGCGAGAAAGACCCGUCCACUUACUAUAUGGUUCUUGGUGCUAGUCAGUUAGAGCCGGUCCAGCUUCGGUCACGUGAUCCGGAAAGUUUUAAAGCAGACUCCCGCGCCCCAACCCCCUCGCGAUGGAAGGUUAUAAAUAGAUUUGAUAAGGACGUCUGUUACGGCGAGGUUCGGGUGGGGAUCGGACCAAACGGCAGAAUCCGCGCCUUCCAUUCUAGUGGAUUCGAAACGGAAAUGGACUUUGACCCGCAAGAGAAAUCAUCGCAAUGUCUUUUUGUUCUUAGCUUGUUCAGGACCGAAGUUCGAAUAAAAGAGUUCGUGGAGGAAGAAACGCUUUAUGAUUACGCCCUGAAAUCCUUUCGGAAAGCCUCUAGAAAGUGUCAAUCUGAUUCAGUAUACAUAGAUGUUAUUGACGAUAAUACACCAGUAAAUUAUGAUAUUCAAAAUAAACAAGGAUUAAGGUGCCUAAAAAGCAAAAGCUUUCCGAUGGCUAACCCUACACAAGGAGAUGAGAAGGAGAGACAGUCUCUGACGUUCCGUCCUCGGGAACCAUCGGAUAAUUACUAUGAUGAUGUGGCACUGGGGAAUCAAGAGGGUACUGUUUUCUCCGACGAUACGUCACAGAUUGACGCAGUGUAUUGUGACGUCAUAGGAGAAGGGCAUAUAGACGAUUCCGAAUCUAAUCUGACCCUGUCACCUGUCCAUAAAGAUUCGGUAAAAAGUGAACGUCACUAUGACGAAAUCCUAAUCAAUAACGAAUCAAGUCCAAAAGUCGCGAAAAAGACAAACAAAUCGCCUCAGAUAAUCCGAAAACCUGUCUCACUGAUCCUUGAUAAAGUUCAGGGAAUUAAGAACGUGUUUACAAAGAGAGCGGAACACCCUUAUGAUGACGUUAAAGAUGAUGAAAUAAAAAGUGAUAGCGUUUCUAAAAGCCUUGGGACCACACUCGUAUCGGUUCCCUCUGAUGACGUAACAAUAGAAGAAAACACGUACUGGGAGGUACAGGAAGUCCCUCGAGGAGAAAAAGAAAAGGAAACACCACCGAUAGCGCAUGCGCGGAAUAAUGGAGCAACUAGUUCUCCAUCAAAAGAUAGACCAAAGGAAACGCAAGCCGUAAAGAGUAUAGACACAAAAGAAAAAGAAAACAAAGCAGGUGUCAAUGAACUACGAGAGAGACUGGAGUCUCCGCAGGUUAAGAUGGUGAAAAGUGAAAGUGAAAGUUGCAUUUCAAAAUCACUUUCAAAUGAAAUUAGUAACAGUGACAUGGAGACACAGAAUAACGUUAACGUCAAAUUACUGAUUAAAAAAUUUGGAGGAAACGAAAACGAGGCUGGAAAAGUAAACAGUUGUGCUUUGCGUGAAAAACAUCCAAGGACACCAUUGUUUCAUACAAGUCCAUCAGCACCGGCACUCUCUCAACGUUCGAACUCUGACGAUAAUCUCGCAUUGUCUCGCUCUGUCUCACAUAAUGCCGAACCACCAAAGAAUGAAAGCGAGGCUGCGUUGAAGAAUAAACAUAAGGGUUCCUCAGACUUAGCUAAUAAGGAGGAAAAAACGUGUGUUCUGAACGAAACAUUUGACUCAAUAAAUCUUCUGCUGAAUUUGGGGAAAGGGAAGAAGGAAAAACAUAAAGGAAAAGACAAGAAAAAAUAAGGGGAGUGGGGAAAACUAAAGGAAAAGACAAAAAAAAAAUUAAAGGAAAAAAAGGAGCAAGCCAAUUAAAAAUUACGGGAAUCUAAAUAAGGAGAAAUAAUAAAGCAAAUAGGUGAGAAACAAGAGGUCCAUGGGCCACAUCGCUCACCUGAGAAGCUUUGACCAUUCUGUUCUUUACUAGAUUUCCCCCUUGUAUUACAUAUUGUGACCCCCCCCCACCCCACCGCUCAUAAUUUAGACAAUUUGAAAUCUACACUAACCCAGGAUGCUUCCACAUAAGUUUCAGCUUUUCUGGCCCUGUGGUUCUUGAGAAGAUUUUCAAAGAUUGUUCCUAUAUAUUUCUAUGUAAAACUUUGAUUCCCCAUUGUGGCCCCAACCUACCCGCGGGGGGUCAUGAUUUGAACAAUUUAAAAUCUACACUACCCCAGGAUGCUUCCACAUAAGUUUCAGCUUUUCUGGCCCAGUGGUUCUUGAGCAGAAGAUUUUCAAAUAUUUUUCCUAUAUAAUUCUAUAUAAAAAUUUGAUUCCCCAUUGUGGCCCCGCCCAACCCCCGGGGGUCAUGAUUUGUACAAUUUAGAAUCUACACUACCUCAGGAUGCUUCCACAUAAGUUUCAGCUUUUCUGGCCCAGUGGUUCUUGAGAAGAAGUUGAAAAUGUGAAAAGUUUACGGACGGACAGACGGACGGACGGACGGACAGAAAAGCUCAAUUGAGCGUUCGGCACAGGUGAGCUAAAAAGGGAAGAAAAACAGAGAAGGAAUAUAUAUAAUAAAAAAAAUUGUUGUAAUACUUAUUUUCAAAGGAUCCUUGCUGUUCAUGAAUGAAUGUCUCAAAUCCCUCAGAAUAUGUGCCAUUAUAAUUAAGUUUUGCUGAUCUCCUUUGUUGCGGUAAUAUGAUGAUAUCAGGAUUUUAUUGUAUAUG